UCGUAUUUUAGGGGUAGCAAAGGGGGUGAACUUUUAAUAGAAGAAGAUUUUCGCGACUCAAAUUAUUAUUAGAUUUGUUUUAGGUUAGAGAGAGUUCAGCAACCUGUAGCUUAUCUCGUCUUGGGGUGAUCUUUAUCGGCAACGCUAUACAGGGUGGUUUUUAGAUUUGAGAAGAUUUAUCAGAUUGAAAAAUGCGGAAAACAACAGAAAAACUCUCCAACUAUACUUUUGAAGACUUAGAUAAAGAUCUUAUACAGCUUAACGAAGAAAUGGUUGCCUCAAAUAUCAACAUCCACGAUAGACUUGAAAUUAUCAAACCAUUAACAUCGCUAAUUCCAACAAAAUAUUCUUUUCGCAAAAUAAGUAUAAUUUUAAUGAUUUCAAUAAUUUCUAUUCUGAUAAUCAGACAUCAUCAAGAAAGACUUCAUUGGCACUUAACAGCAAUUACAAGAAUAAUCAUGAUUAAAUUUCUGCCAUAUUUUGAUUGGAGAUAUUUGAAAGAUGAAGUUUGUCUCAUCCCCAAACAAAAACCCUUAUUAAUUGAUCAAGGGGUUUUUGAUUGUGAUCUAUGCGAAUCGUUAAGGGAUUUUGAAUAUUUUCCCUUGUCUCCUCAUCUUAGUGAUCUAAGCGACUAUAUUCAAAGAGCGAUUGAUGUUGAAAAACCUUUGGUCAUUAAUGGAGGCAUUGAACAUUGGAUUAAAACAACUCCAGAAGAUUUUAUUGGUCAGAUAAUUGAUAAAGAUGCAUUUGCUAGAUCGAUUCCAUGUAAUUUGUUUACAAAUGUUUAUAACUCUAAAAAAGGAGAUAUUGAUUUGUUGUCGUUGUUUGAAAAAAGAAAAUAUUUUGAUAACUUCUUCAUGCACUUUCAAAAUUGCGACUUGGAAGCUAUGAAAGUCUUCCGUAAUUUCACUUAUAGACCCUCAAUUUUGCCCGAUGAGCUUUCUCCUGUCACUUACAACUGGUUAAUAUGGAAUAAAAAUUACAAUGCCCCAAAUUAUAAAAGACUUAAUUUGAUUGAAAAAACUACCGUUGUUGGCCAAUUGUUUGGAAAUACCAGGUUGAGGCUUGUACCAAGGAAAAAUUGUGAAAAUGUUUGUGAAGUGUUAAAAGGAAUUUUGCCUGCUGGACAUUUUUUGAUUGUUACUAGUCUUUGGGACUUGGAGUAUUUGGCCGAAGGAGAUGGAGAGAAUAUGGCUGCAGUGUUGGAGAUAAAAGGAUAAAUAAAUUACAAUGGUCAAAAAGAUUUGUAACUGAAUGAUAUUUCAUUUCUCGAAAUCUGAUAGGCGCUGAUAUAUGUUUUUGACUGUUCGUGAUGGGUGAAACAUUAAAUCUACGUACCUAUUUCAAAUGUGAAGGUUUUGCAUAAAAUUAUUGUGUGUUUCUGAAUAAAGAUUGAAAAAAGC